AUGCCCGCCUCCAGAAGCAGCACAAAGUUCUCCACCCCUGCUGAGGGCUCCGACAACGGCAAGGAAUUCACCACGCCGGCGACCAGUACCGAGGGCCACGAAGUCCCGGACAGGCCUGGAGAUGCCCUUGCUGAUGUCGCCAUUAUUGGAAUGGCCUGUCGCACGCCCGGAGACGUCCGCUCACCCGACAGUCUGUGGCAAUACCUCUUGAAGAAGGGGGAUGCAUCUGGUAGCCUUCCCGACUGGCGUUGGGAGCCCUAUCGACAGCGCCAUCCUCGCAAUGCGGCCCUGCUCGCCCAGACCACAGCCAAGGGUUACUUCCUCGACAACAUUGAUCAUUUUGAUGCUGCCUUCUUCUCCAUUUCACCUAGAGAGGCGGAGCAAAUGGAUCCUCAGCAACGCCUUGCGCUGGAGGUUGCCUGGGAGGCCCUGGAAAAUGCCGGAAUAUCACCUCCCCAGCUUGCGGGUUCCAACACCUCGGUCUACAUGGGGGUAAACUCAGACGACUACGCCAAGUUACUCCUCGAAGAUCUGCCGAAUGUUGACGCUCACAUGGGGGUGGGCACUGCCUAUUGUGGGAUUCCGAGCCGGAUCUCGUAUAUUUUGGAUCUCAUGGGACCCAGCGUUGCCUUGGACGCAGCUUGUGCUUCCUCCUUGGUGGCUGUCCACCACGCACGCCAGGCAAUCCGGGCUGGAGAAACUGAUCUGGCAAUAGCAGGUGGGGUCAAUGCUCUGCUUGGUCCCGGCUUGACCCGAGUGCUGGACGAAGCUGGAGCUAUAUCUACCGAUGGCAAGUGUCGCUCCUUCGAUGAGACAGCCAGCGGCUAUGGUAGAGGAGAAGGGGCAGGUGUCGUGAUUCUCAAGCGACUGGACAAGGCACUUGCAGAUGGCGACCAUGUGCUGGCUGUGCUCAAGGGCAGUGCAGUCGCUUCGGAUGGCAAGACCUUGGGGAUCAUGGCCCCCAAUGCGCGUGCCCAACUACUAGUGGCCCAGAAGGCUCUCGCAGAGGCCAAAGUGUCUGCUGAUUCGAUCAACUACGUCGAAGCUCAUGCGACGUCCACAUCCCUGGGCGAUCCGACCGAAACCAACGCUCUGGCCGAAGUCUAUGGUGCGGGAUCGGGGCGCAGCCCAUCUGAUCCCUGUUAUAUCGGCUCCAUCAAGCCCAACAUUGGUCAUUUGGAGGCCGGUGCCGGAGUGAUGGGACUCAUCAAAGCGGUACUGGUUCUUCGCCACGGCCAGGUUCCCCCGCAGGCCAAUCUCAAGACGCUGAAUAGCAAAAUUGCAUGGAACGAGAAUCUGCUGUGUCCACCGCGCGAGCUGGUGACCUUGCCGUGCCCGGGGCCGAUUCAUCCUUUACGCGCGGCCGUGGCAUCAUACGGAUAUAGUGGUACUGUGUCGCACGCGGUACUCGAAGCAUUUGCAGGACACUCCGAAUUUGCCGAGCGUCUGUCGCAGAUCCCUACCGGCGAUGAUCCUUCGCCCGUUCUUCUCCUCAUUUCCGCACCCCAGGCUCGUCGGGUUUCCGCCGCCGCGGGCGCUCUAAAGCAAUGGCUUAGCGAGAAUGAAGCAUCUAUAUCUCUCAAGACCGUCUCGUCGACUCUGGCUCAACGCCGGGCUCACCAUCGCUACCGCCAUGCCAUUGUGGCGGACUCCGUCCCCGAUGCUAUUGCCGCACUCGAUGAUGUUAGCAAGGAGGCACCGAAUCGAUGGGUUAUCAAGGACAAGAUCGAUGCUAAGGCCGCUAAGGGCCCGGUGUGGAUCUUUUCUGGUCAUGGUGCGCAGUGGGCAGACAUGGGCCGUGAGUUAUUCGAAUCGAGUCCGGCAUUCGAGGAGGUGGUCCGCAACCUAGAGCCCAUCAUCCAGGAUGAGGUAGGAUUCUCCGCCAUUGAAACUCUGCAAAAGGGAUGUCCCGAUCGCUCCGACGUGGUACAGGUAAUGACGUUCCUGAUGCAUCUUGGCAUUGCAGCCGUCCUAGAGAUUGAGUCAGGGCCUCCCAGUGCUGUCGUGGGCCACUCCCUAGGCGAGGCCGCCGCAGCCGUGGUGUCCGGCGCUUUGACCUGGCGCGAAGGGGCUCUCGUCGUGUGCCGUCGGGCGCGGCUAUAUCGCGAGCUCAUGGGGCAAGGCGCUAUGGCUCUAGUGCGAGUAUCUGCUGAGGAGGCUCGUACCCGUAUUGGCAGGCAAAUUGGAGUUUGGGUAGCGAUUGAAACAUCCCCUAGCGCGUGUGUUUUGUCUGGUGAGGUGGACGCCGUUAAGCAACUCUCAGAUCGGUGGCGCGAAGAGGGAAUUGAGGUGCGUAUGGUUGCCUCGGACGUGCCCUUCCAUACGCCAAUGCUGGAGAGAUUGGCCAAGCCUCUUUAUGAGUCGCUACGGGGAGAGCUUCAUCCCCGUGUCCCCAACCGGGCGCUCUUUUCGACCUCGCAGCCGGAUCCCCGUUCCGAGGUUUUGCGCGAUGCCCAGUAUUGGGUGACCAACAUGAUCCAGCCCGUUCGGCUGCAGUCUGCUAUCGCCGCCAUUGCACAAGAUGGCUUCCGGGCCCUGGUGGAAGUGUCUAGUCACCCCAUCGUGACACACUCCGUCGUGGAAACUAUGGGGGAAUGUACCGAGGACCCCGUUCUCGUCACCCCUACCAUGGUACGUCGCCAGCCUGCGCUAAAGAGCAUUUUGGCCGCGACAGGUCGACUGCAUUGCUUCGGUUGUGCCAUUAAAUUCAAUGAGUUGGACCCUAAUGCGCCUUGGAACUCGAGCGUACCCGGUACUCUCUGGCACCACCAACCAUUCUAUCGAGCCGUGAGCCAAACAGCGGCAUCAUCCCAACUCGAAACCACCCACGAUCCGGCUGCUAACAACCUUUUGGGAAAACGCAUCGCCCUUUGGGGUACAGAAGAGGUGCUGUAUCAGACGCGCUUAGAGGAGGAGAACCGGCCAUUUCCCGGUCAUCACCCGCUCCAUGGUUCCGAGAUCGUGCCGGCGGCGGUGUUGCUACGUACAUUCCUGCAGGCUCUGACGCCCCGGUGUGUAGAGCAGGUGUCGCUUCAAGUCCCGGUUGUGGUGUCGCCGGCUCGCAAGGUCCAGAUUCGCCACAACACCCGCAACAUUACCAUCACUUCGUGCCUGGAGGAGUCGAGCAGCCAAGAGGAUGGGUCCUGGUUGGUAAACACCACGGCUGCAGUGGGUGCCGCGAACGUUGUGCCUAGUCAGAGUCGUAUGGACCUGUCAGAGUUGCGCAAGCGAUUGCCCCAAAAGCUGGCUGACAGCUUUUCCAUCGACUACCUAGCAUCCGUAGGUGUAUCUGCCAUGGGCUUUCCGUGGCAAGUGACCGACCAUGUCGCCAGCGACGACGAGAUGCUGGCACGGGUAGACGCAAACCCGGAUAAUAUGGGAGGGAUGAAUGACUUCUUGACUUCGCUCAUGGAUGCUGCGACCUCCAUCUCCUCUACUCUUUGGCACCGCCAGCCUCUGCUUCGCAUGCCCACGUCAGUGCGUCGUGUCGUUGCCGUCCAUGAGAUCCCUAUCCCGCGAGUAGUCUACAUCCACUGCGCGAAAGUCGCAUCCACCAGCGAGUGCACGGCUGAUGUGACCCUUACUGGCGAGAAUGGCACAGUUUUGAUGGAGAUCCAGGGCAUGUCAUUUGCCGGCUUAGAGGGCGAGAGCUUCUCGCGAAAGAGCACUGCAGGUCUAGUCCACCAGAUUCAAUGGCCUCCGGCAGCACUUGUCGAGGACCCUUCGGAAUUCAGUCACAUCGCCUUUGUAACGCCAGACAUCACCGAUCCUCGGCUGGAACAAUAUCAGAGCCAGCUCGAUGCGCUGACCAUCUCCUCCUCCGUCCACCAGGCCGCUUCAGACCUACCCUUGACCAGUCAUCCCUCUCUCGCGGUGGUCUAUCUGCCACAGACCAUGACAGAUGCCUUUGAUACGGCAACCAGAUCCUGUAAUGACCUUGUUUCCAUCAUACAGACUAUCACUGCGGCUGCUUCUUCAACUACGCGAGUCUUUGUCCUCACUGCAGGAACCGAACUCGGUCACAGCGCUCUUUCGGGUCUCAGCCGAAUCAUCCAGGCUGAGCACCCUGACAUCUGGGGUAGUCUCAUUGAGGUCGAAGACACUGUCUCUCUCCCACUUAUGGCCAUGCGCUAUGUUCGGGAUGCCGACGUGGUCAAGAUCAAAGAUGGCGUCCCACGCAUUGCCCGUCUUCGGCCGCUUCCAUCUGCUUCUUCCUCCUUUUCGCCUCUCACCUUCUCUCCGGCCUCGACCUAUCUCAUCACCGGCGGACUGGGUGCUCUUGGACUGUCAGUUGCCCACUGGAUGGUUACUCAAGGCGCUCGGCGGCUCCUCUUGCUGUCUCGUCGCGCUCUUCCUCCGCGCAGCACAUGGUCCUCCACGCAUAUGAACAAUCCUACCAUCCAAAGCAUUUUGGCCCUCGAACGCCUCGGAGCCACGGUCCACUGCCUCCCCAUCGACAUCUCUCUGCCCAUGGCUGCCUCCGGACUUCGGUCCACCCUGGAGACUCUGAACCUCCCUCCCGUGGCUGGUGUUAUCCAUGCCGCUGGAAUUGUCAGUGACCAACUUGUUGAGCAAGUGACCCCGGACGUCCUGGAGUCUGUACUAGCGCCUAAGAUCAAAGGUGCUCUCAACUUACAUGAUGUCUUCCCUCCAGCGUCCCUGGACUUCUUUGUUCUGUUCUCUUCAUGCGGUCAGCUACUCGGAUUUCCCGGGCAAGCAUCGUACGCCAGCGGAAACGCCUUUCUCGAUGGCCUCGCUCGGUCUCGCAGAGCCCAGGGCGAUAAUGCCAUCUCUCUGCUCUGGACCACGUGGCGUGGAAUGGGCAUGGGGCAGUCCGCCAACGGCGCGAUGGAAGCGGAGCUCUACGCGCGCGGAAUCACCGAUAUCACACCCGACGAAGCGUUCCGGGCCUGGAGUGCCGUGGCAUCUACUGGUGGCGGAGGCACAGAUCAUGCAGUAAUUGUGCGAGCGAGAGUGUUAGAAGGUGGCGAGCCCUUGCCCCAUCCUAUUCUUACGGACAUCGCUACAAGGAAGGCAGAGGUUGUCAAUGCUGGAGAGCAUCCCGCGGGUAGCCAGGAAGUGAAGUUGAGUGGAAGGGAGUUGGAGCAACAUCUCCGGGAUGUCAUUAAUGGAUGUGUAUCGAAGACAUUGUCGGUCAAGGAGGACGAGAUCGAUGAUGCUGUGGCAUUGGCAGAGAUGGGUAUGGAUUCAGUGAUGACGGUCAAUUUCCGAAUGACCCUGCAACAGACGCUCAAAGUGCCAGUCGGGCCAACGUUAAUCUGGAAAUGCCCGACUGUGCAGCAUUUGGUGAAGCACUUUACAAAGGAGCUGGAUGCUUAA